AUGAGGUUACUGUUAUCCAUGUGUCGCAGACGGUUUAGUCUGCGCACAAUGUUUCUUGGCAUUCUGGUGAUGGCGGUAUUAUCCAUUAUAUUUGUCAUGACUGUUGGUUCCAAUGAUUCUAUUAAUUAUGAUGAAUAUUUAGGGACAGUUAAAGAUCAUGCUAAUAACGUGAUAGAAUAUGUUGGAGAUAAAAUUGGUUAUUUUGGAAAUAGUGAUACUUUGCAACCUGGCUAUGUUUGGGAGAAUCAUUAUUAUGAUGAAGAAACCAUAUCACAGUUAUUAACUAGGAUAGAUACACCUUUAUUUCCUGAGGACCAAGUUAAUAAGGCUAAUAUCAGAAAAACAUAUCAAGAAAAUUUGAAACUAUAUAGAGACACUAUCUCAAAGGAAAUUGAUGAACCACAAGUUGAAGAUUUAGUUCGUGAUAAUGGAUCGAAUUUUAAUGCAGGAAAUGCAGUUCCUGCUACAAUAUUAUCUCUUGUAAGAAAUGAAGAUUUAAAUGAAUUAAUAGAAUCAAUUAAACAAAUAGAAGAGAAAUUUAAUGCUAAAUUUAACUAUCCUUAUACUUUUUUAAAUGAUAAUGAAUUUACUGAAGAAUUUAAAGAGAGUGUUCGCCAUUUAUUACCAGAUGAACGUGAAGUACGUUUUGGUAAGAUAAGUGAAGAGGAUUGGAAUAUACCAGAAAUUGUGGAUAAAGAAAAAUACAAACAAGGUAUUGAAUUAUUAGAAUCGGAAGGUGUCUCUUAUGCAUCUAAAGAAUCAUAUCACAAUAUGUGUAGAUUCUACUCUAGAACUUUUUACAAACAUCCUUUGUUAAAAGAUAUCAAAUAUACUUGGAGAUUAGAACCUGGUGUGAAAUUUUAUUGUGAUAUUGAUUAUGAUGUAUUUAAAUUUAUGUCAGAUCAUAAUAAAAUUUAUGGAUUUGUUUUAAAUUUAUAUGAUAGUCCACAAUCCGUUAAGAGUCUUUGGAAGGAUACAAGAUCUUUCUUACAAGAUAAUCCGGAUUAUAUUAAUGAAGAAGGUUCCUUUGACUGGAUCAAAGAGAAUAUGCAAAAAUCGGUUAAUUUUAAUAUUACUGAAGGUUAUUCAACUUGUCAUUUUUGGACAAAUUUUGAAAUUACUAAUUUAGAUUUCUUAAGAUCUGAACCAUAUGAAGCGUAUAUGGAUUUUUUGGAAUCGAAAGGUGGAUUCUAUUAUGAAAGAUGGGGAGACGCGCCAGUCAGAAGUCUUGCAUUAGGUUUAUUUGCUGAUAAAUCACAGAUUCAUUGGUUUAGAGAUAUUGGGUAUAAUCAUUUCCCAUACACAAAUUGUCCAAACUCUGCUAAAUGUGACAAAAGAUGUUCACCCGGUUCAUUUACACCAUGGAACGAUUUAGAGAUAGAAAAUUGUCAGGCAACUUGGAUGAAAUAUAGUAUGACAGAUGAUGAUUUGAAUCUCUAUUAUAAGAAGAAAGACGACUGA